AUGCUUCAGGAAAUCUUCAGUCCCUUUGAGACAGAUCAAUUUGAUGCUUUGAAAUCCAUUUGUGAGCAUCUUUUUGUAGGUGAGGAUGACAGCGUUGACACAACAUCUUAUGCACCAACUCCUGCAAAAAUUUACUCAAGGAGUUCAAGCUUCAACAAUAUGUUACUUAUGGAGAGUUGGAGCGAACUGCCCCUCAAAGUCGACAACUCGGAGGACAUGUUGGCAUACAACACUAUAUGCAACGAGCUCAAUUCCGGGUGGACGAUGCCUUCAGCUACGAAUCAAGAACUUGAUUUUGAAUUGACGACCAUUGAUUAUAACAAUAUUGUGCUGGUCGAGAAGGCACAUUAUAAAGGAGUGAGGAGGCGACCAUGGGGAAAAUACGCUGCGGAGAUAAGGGACCCCAAAAAGAACGGGGCAAGGAUUUGGCUCGGGACUUACGAGACACCCGAGGACGCGGCAUUGGCCUAUGACCGGGCAGCUUUUAAAAUGAGGGGAUCCAAGGCCAAGCUCAACUUCCCUCAACUCAUCGGGUCGGCUGAGUACGAGCCUGUUAGGGUUGGCCGCAAGCGUUUGUCUUCUGAGCCUAGCUCACCGUCCACGUGCAGCGAUGAGGGCUUGAUGACGAGGAUGAAGAGGAGAAAGAGAGAGGUCAAUGUGGAUGCUGAGGUGGAUCUUGGAACUCCAACCCCCUUUCCCGUAUUGGAUAUGGGUUUUUGGAGUUGCGAUGAACAAUUGGUCCUGUAA